AUGAUGAAUCUCAACGCAGAUUUUCCGUCGCUGAGAAUAGCGGACGCUGCCCCGCAGCCACAGGGAGAGGACAGUAACGGCAACGAGGCUGUCACGACGGGCCCAGCUGCCGAUACAGCCGAACUGGACACAAUGGAGGAGGAGGCCACAGAACCCGCGCCCCAGCCCGCGGCCCCGGCUACCCCCGGCCCCGAGCCGGCCGCCGGGCCAGCACCCGGAAGCGCCGACAAAAGGAAGAUUAGCGACGGCAGCUCGGACGAGGCCGAACAGCAUGUACAGCCCAAGACGGCGCGUACACAGAAAACGCAGGCGAAGCAAGCGAGAAAGGAAAAAGAGCCAGAACGAGAAAUAGAAAUGAUGGAAACUGAUGAUGAUGAUGAUUAUUAG